AUGUCUCAUGAAUCAGUCUGGUACUCGCGCCCGCGCAACUACGGCAAGGGCGCAAGAUCUUGCCGCGUCUGCACCCACCAGGCCGGUCUCAUCCGCAAGUACGGCUUGAACAUCUGCCGCCAGUGCUUCCGUGAGAAGUCGGCGGACAUUGGCUUCACCAAGCACCGGUGAGCGUGUGAGGAGGUGGGGGAGAGGUGGAAGAGGGUUGAUAUAGCGCGAGAUCCGAGGAC